CAUAUCGCAUCCAUCGCUUUCUUAUUACUUUAAAUUCUCAUUUUGUUUUUGAGUUAAUAGAUGCAAUCACAGUUAUCUUUUUAUUACAGCUGACUUUUCACAGCCUCAGUAAGUUUAAAAAACACAUUAAAUAUCCUCUGUGUAUUUAUGCCUCGGUUGUCGUCCAUGAUAAGGCGGACAGAAGAAAGGGCUCCGGGUUUAAGAGUCCUCUAAUCUCUCCUGCUGCGACCUCUCGUAGUGACGCUAAACACUGUUUUGAUCUCUCUGUUGAGUAACUAAUUGCUCUGUCCUCUCUAAACACUCUUUCACUCAGCUGUGAGAUUAGUUGGUCCUCUCACUUUGCUUUCUGCUGACAGCCUAGAACCCGGAGCGGAGAGGACCUCUGAGACCCCGAGGAGAGGCAACAUGAACGACAACAUACAGGUCAGUGUAUUUUUAUCUGUAAAACAGUAUCAUAGAGUUGGAUACUGUCACUCAGGACAGGGAUGCAUAUUUAUGUUUUAAACUGUGGUGUAUUGUUAUGCUUUAAUUAAUUUUAACCCAUACACUUAAUUGAGCCUUUUUUUCCUCUUAAAAGCUGGAGGUAGGCCAAGAAAACAUGAUCUACUAAUCAAACCCCGAUCGUAAAGGUUUUUAGAUUAUCAUUAGAUAUUUUAAUCUUGUCAACAUGUCAUUUAGAGCCAGUGACUCCCUGGGUGGCUUAGGGAAGGAAAAUAAAGGAAAAAUGGUACAAAAAUGAUAAAAAAAAGGUUAAAAUGACACAUUGAAAAAAAUCAAUUAUAAAUAAAAACAUUAUUUAUUGUUAUUAAAAAUGUUUGAAUUCAUCAGGACGUUGAAUAUUUAGUAUUUUAACAGCCAGGAAAUGUAAGAAAGUUAGGAAAACGUGGCUCCCUGUCUGACACUAAUGCCAUAGGGGGUCCUUUCAUACGUUCAUGUUGGUAACCUGGUCUGAAGAUACAAAAAAUAACCUUAAUAAAACAACAAUUUUUUUUCAUGUUGCAUUGUUCAAAUUAUUAUUUUUAUUUUACUUUUAAUCCAUGAACCGUGUUUUUUAUCUUGAAAAUAAAUACCGCUGAUUCCAGUAGAACUGCACCACUGUCAUUAAUUGUUCUUGUGCUCUCGCCACUUUAUGAAAUCUCUGCUGAUAUUAUGUCACUCACUGCGGGAAGAUUUUAGUAAAUAAGCUGGAUAUUUGAAGUAAAGGUUAUGUCACUUUUAAGGCUCAGUGCAGAGCAAAGGAACAACGUAUCAGCUCAGCCCAGGCUCUGAAAACAUGACCAGUCAUACAAGUAGCCUUUGAUCCAUAAGCUGAACCAGCUUUAGGAUGUAUGGUAUGUGUGUGACAUAAACCAACAAGUAAUCCUGUGUUAAGAAAUGUUGUAAAAGUCUUAUAUAACAGUAGUUAAUGCAAAGAAUAAAAAAGUAUAUUAGGUUGUUGAAGGCACAUUUAGAGAGCCACAAGAUAAAAAUAACAAAAAAAUUGAAAAUAUUAGUAUACAGACAUAAAUAUUUAUACUGUUUUAUUGAUUUUGAAAGGCAAUCUAACAUCAAAACAAGCUGCUAAGUGUGUUUUCUAUAAAACGUUCUCUUUGCGUUCUUGGAGACUCCUUUGUUUAAUUACCGAUCUAAGAAUAACAAAUCUUGUAUUUACAGACAAACUCAAACAGGAUUUUCUAACCCGGAGGAGUAAAAAUCUUAACCCCCCGCACCUUUUUGUUUCUCUGGGAUAAACUCUCCUGAAAUCACUGCAAAGCUCUGACUUUUCUCACGGCCCCUCACAGCUGGACUGUGUCCAGAGAUUAGUCUGAUGCACUAAUCUAACAUCGUAGCCCCACGAAGACCGGGCUCUUACAUAACAAGGUCUGGCUCAGGUGUUUUAAGUUUAAGGAUCAGCUGUAUUUAAAAGUCACAAGGCUUAUGGUAGUGACUGGCACCUGAUUCAGAUUGGUUGUCAUGUAUGUCGCUAUCAGCAGAUAUCCACAGUAAGUCCACUACUGCAUAAGUUUGCUGUUUUGUGCUUGUAGAGGUAAAUUCACCUUUUACGAUUGACUCAAGAGUUUCCCAGAAUGCACUGUAGGAGCAAAUGAACAAUCUAACCGAACUCUACAUGCUUUGAUCAUUUUAAUUUUGUCUGACCAAUUUUGUUCAACAAAGAUCAAUAAUUUAAAGUGCAGGAAGAGGCAACAAGUCCAUAAAGCGUAUUUAAAUACUCCACUUAACUUAAAGCUCCUGUGGGGAGUUUUUAACUGCUCAUGAAACAAGCGAAAUUAAUACAGGUGUGUCAGUUUGACCUGAAAAAGCAAAUAAGACCAUCAUUGAGAAAAGACACUCAAUUAGUGAAACAUUUGAUUUAAAAGAGCUGGAAGAGUUUUUACGUGAAGACAUGAAUUUGACAAAAUCAGUGGGGACUAUUUUGUCCACAGGGGGUGCUAAAAUCAACACAAACUGAAAGUUCCCCACAGGAGCUUUACAAAGAUGACAAGGAGACAUGCUAAAAUAUAAUUACUAUCAAAUAUUUGACAAUACAAAUACAGAAACAACAACAGCUAAACCAAAAACAGUAAGAAUGAAUAUGAGUUUUAUGAAUACAUGAGUGUGUGGGAGGGCAACACUUUAAACAUCUUUAUUAAAGCUCCUGUAAGGGUUUUUUUGAUGUUUACAAAAUGGACUGAAAUUCAUACUGAUGCCUUUUUAUGAUGAACACAAUAUAAAAAGACCAACAGUAGCUGCAGAAAGAACUCUUUUUAUAAUUUGUAUGUGAAUUAAUCACAGUAAAUGACACAUUUGACUAUCAGUAAGACUUUUAUUGCCAGAAAACACUACUUAAGCAAAUCUAGGACAGCAUAUGCAAAAACUACAAUGUCGCCAAAGUUGACGCAAACUAAAAGUUCCAAACAUGAGCUUUAAAUAAAUUCUUGAAGUACUCUGGGACGUCCCCUCACAUGAUAUUCAUCAAAACAUACAUUUUAGAAAUAUUGGUGUUAAAAAUAUGAAGAAUCAAGAGCUUCUGACACAAAAGGUAUUUUCAUGUGUGCACCAAAAGAAACAAAAAUAUUACCAAAAGUGCAGGUAAAGUGCAAAAUUUUGUUUUGACAUCUGCUUGAACUCCCUUGAUAACUGAGCAGGAUGAUAGUUAAUGCUCUCAGACAUGGUCGUAAUUUUUGAAUACACUCAAACAUUAUGGUGCAUACUGACAAACCAUCCCAUUUUUUUGUGUUCAUCAUCAUCAACCACAGACCAGCACUGAUGGAAAUGUCUUUAAUUUUUCAGAUUUUUUAUCACAAGACAAACUAUUGGAUGAAACCCAAAUUCUGACCUUUGGGUGGUAUUUAAGUCGGCCGAGAAGUCACCGAAGUGAUUCGAAUUUAUCUGGAGGGGAAUAUAAAAGUUUCUUUUCUUUUAACAAAUGUUUCAUGAAACUCCAUUUAAAAGUUCUGGAGACAUUUCAAACUAAACUUCAGAGGCAUCAGGGGAUGGUUUGGUAAGGUCACAUUUCAGAAUAAGUUGUCUGGGGGCAAUGGAGUCGCAUAAUUUAGUGCCAACCCAUCUGGUACACCUAAAGCUAUUUCACUGAUUGAAUGAAUGAAAAUUUAGAGAAAAAAAGAGGUUCUAUUAGAGCAGAAGUCAGGAGAUCACCGAAGUAAUAACCAUCUGGGGAUCAUCAUCAUCUGGGGACCAUGACAAUGCAUAACUUAGUUACAGCCUGUAUCAGGUAUUCUUGGAUCACAUUAUAAUUAAGCAUUUGUUCUCAAAGUAUUAUGGAAAUUUUGUACCAAAUUUUACAAAUCUGUGGGAGGCAUCAUCUUGGGACCAUGAAUGUCCAGAAUUUAGCUGCAGUUUAUCUAGUCUGAUAAAUGAAAAUUUGGAUGCUUUGACUGUGCAAGCUAAAAACUUCAGAGAGUAAUUUGGAGUUGUCUCCUGGGGACCAUGAAUAUUUCUGUCAAAUUUGAUGGUUUUACAUGCAAUAGCUCACAAGAGGAAACAUUUUGGCAAUAACCUGAAUAUUGGUUAUAUCAUCUGGAAACCAAGACAAGGCAUAACUUCGUCACAAUCUGUCUCAAAUGUGCUUUGACGACAUUAUUAAGAAUUUAUCCUCUGAGUAUCAUGGCAAUUUUCUAAACUUGACUUAAAACCACUAUAAAGGGACAGGUGGUCAAUCUAUGGUGUGCAUCACCCAGGGACCAUGAACAUCCAAGAAUUAUGCCGUAUAUCAUCUGGUAAAUCUUAACUAUCCCAACAAUGAAAAAAAUUCUGGACUCUGGCUGUCCGAGCUAAUAAUUCAUAAAAGUAUCUCAGAUUGGUCCUCUGGGGACCAUGAACAUCUGCACAUAUUUCCAGGCAAUAUGCACUAUAUAUAUUGAAGCACUUAAACUUCAAAUCCUGGAUGGAAUAAGUGGAAAUGUUCGGGAAAACAUCUGUAGGAUAAAUAGUUUUAAAACCAUUUAAUGUACAAGAAUCUGCUGAGUCCACCAUAAGCUUAGAUACUGGGUGAGUACAACUUUUAUUCAUCAAUGAGAAGUUGGCAAAUUGCCAAACUACUCAAGCUGUAUCCUCGGGGGACCAUGAAUGUCUGCAUUUUACCUCCUAAGCCUGUCUGUAGGAAGCAGCAGAAUAGAAAUCAUUACUGUGCAAAAUUUGGUGUCAAUCUCUCGGGUAAAAGCUGAGUCUUGUCACUUAACUGAUAAAAAGUUUGACCUGCUGUUUGCACCUGAAAGUUGUGCAGCCACAUGCUUGCUUUUUGAGUGCCACAAGUUGCCCUUUUUUUAAAAGUUAAUACCAUGAAUAAUCAGCUAAAGACUGUCCUCUGUCCCUGUGAUUUUGCGCAGGAUGAAGUGGUGCUGAAGCAGAUUGAGAAGGAGGUGAGGAUGCGGGAGGGAGCCAGUAAGCUGCUGGGAUAUUGUUCCAGGAGAGAGCAGGCCCUGGAGGCCUCCAAGAAUCUGCUUACCUGCAAUACCCGCAUUCUGGCUCUGCUCAGCCAACUGCAGAGGAUGAGGAAAGCCCAGAUCCUACACGGAGUGGAGUGCAGGUCAGAUGGAGGGCAAGGAUACAAAUUUUUAUGAGUGUACAGAUUUUUUUAUAAUCAGAGGAAGGGGGCAUGAUGGAAUGCAGAAGAAAUAAGUUGUUUGUUCAUGUUGCCAUUCCACCUUCCAGCCACUAGAGGGCAGGAGGACCCACUCCUUUAGGCCCUGAAGCCUCUCAGGUUAAGAGCAAUUCAUUUAAAUCAAUAUGUGGCUUUAUUAGGUGUAUUGUGUUUCAAAUACAAAUGUGUAUGCAGCAGGGAUCAGUCUUUUUAUAUAAAAACAAAGAUAAAUGUUUUUUUCACUUAUAUGUUAAUUUAGCACCUUUUCUUCUUGAGGCUGUAACCUGUGCUGCUGUUGAACUGGAUCGAAAUGUUCCUGCCGUUUCAUCAUCUGUACAUUCUGUACUCUGCUGCCUGUAUGUUUGUAUGAACGCACAGUUACAUAGAUGCAAUAUUUGCCUUACAGCAGACCAUCUGAGGAUGUGGUGCCAUGCUUGGGAAAAGUAGCUCUCUCAGGUAGUGUUUUAAAAAUAUCUUAUAACAAAGACAAAGAAACACUUGAUCUCUGCUGCCAUCUUUCAAAUUCGAUUACUACGAUCCUCGCUCCGCAGACCUGCGAAUCCCGCUGAUGUGGAAAGACACAGAGUACUUCAAAAACAAAGGAGGUGAGUCAGACUGAUCUCAAAUGAGGUUAAAUGGACUGAGAGAGAAAUAAUCUCAAGCAUUUUAUGGCAUGGAAACCACGUCAACCUUCACUGAAGUGCUCUUUUUUGUCAGUUUUGAUUAUGGGUGAGGUUUAUCACAAUGCUCUAUUAGGGCUAAAACUUGGUCAAACCGAGUCUGAUACCUGUCUGCAGUAGUGUCCUCAUGUUGGUGAAAAAUGGCUAAAAUAGCUGUAGAUGCUCUUCCAGCAUAUAAAUCUUUGAAGGGCAUCCAGGGGCAUUUUUUAUUGCUUAAUACACUGAAAGGGCAUCCAGAGGGCACUUUACAAUUACAUGAAAUGUGAAGUCAAGUGUCCACUGGAAGCUUUUUGAUCUCAUAAUUAAUAAAAAAUGCCGUCUAGAUGCCCUUCCAGUAGAUUAAAUUUAAUAACAGUGCAAUUUGGUUGCCCUUCCAGAAUGUUUAACAAGAAAUACUGCCCUCCAAAAGCACUUUUAUUGGAUAAAACAUAAAAAUGUUUGCUGUAGAUACCUUUUCAUUAUAUAAAUCUUUUAUUAAUGUACCCUCUGGAUGCUCAUCCAUUCAAUCAAAUGUAGAAAAGGCCAUUCAGGAGCCCUUCCAGCAGAGAAAUGUUUAAAUAAUUGCCCUCUGGAUGCCCUUUUAUGGGUUAAAUCACAACAGUUUUCCUUAACAAUUUCCUUUUAGGAUAUGAAAUCAUAUAAAAAAAAAGUUCUUUCUGGAUUCCCUCCUGGGAUAUGAAACAUAAAAAAGUGCCAUCUGGAUGCCCUUCCAGAAGAUUUAUUUUAAAAAAUAGUGCAAUCUGGAUGCCCUUCCACAAUGUUCAAUAUAAAAUACUGCCCUCCUAAAGCACAAACAUUGGAUGAAAACAUAAAAAUGUUUACAGUCGAUACCUUUACAGUCUGUAAACCUAAUAAAAAAAUCUGUCCCCUGGAUGCUCUUCCAUGCAAUAAAAUGUAGAAAGGCCCAUUCAGGAGCCCUUCAAGUGGAUGAAUGAUUUAAAAAGUGCCAACUGGAUGCCCUUUUAUAGGAUGAAUCAUGACAAUGUUCCCUAAAAAUUUCCUUUCAGGAUAUAUAAUUGUAAAAAAACGUUCUACCUGGACUCCUUCUUAAUAUAUGAAACAUAAAAAGUGCAAUCUGGGUGCCCUUCCAAAAGAUUACAUUUAAAAAUAAUGCAGUUUGAUGCCCUUCCAGUAUGAAAAAUGUUAAAUCAUAUAAUAAAAAACAAUCACCAGAGAAGCUUCCAUGGGAUAAAACUGGAAAAAAGUGCCUGCUAGAAAAUAAAGUGAACUUUUUUUCUUUUUGCCCUGCAGAGCUCCAUCGCUGUGCUGUCUUCUGUCUGCUGCAGUGUGGCACAGAGAUAUAUGACACUGAUAUGGUUAUGGUAGACCGGACUUUAACUGACAUCUGUUUUGAGGACACUAUCGUAUUGUGAGUCACUUUUUUUUUUACAUAUUUCAUACUCAGACACUCUGUACAGCCCUGAGUUUAUGUUUCUGUGUCUGCAUGAGAGCAGUAAGGAGGCAGGUCCAGGCUUUCAGCUCCGUGUUGAGCUCUACAGCAGCAGUGCAGUUGAGGACUUCUCCCCGGGGACUCUGGGACCCAGGAGAGUAGGCUACCUGGGGGGCUCUCUGGGAUGUUCCUCUGGGAAAAAGAUCCGUGCUGCUUUGGAGUCUGCAGCAGUUUGUGGAUCGGUGUUAAACUCGGGAUUUGCAGGGCAUGGAAACGUGUCACCGCCUCUGUCCCCCAACAUGUCACGGCUGUAAGGAUGACAACGCCCCCUGAAAGAUUUCUCAUAUAGAUAGAUUUUUCAAAAUAUUAAAACUAAAUGUUCCUAACUUUCUGUCUUAAGGGGGCCUAAGUAUAACCUGCUUGCUCACACUACUCUGACAAUCGAACAUAUAAAAGACGGUUUCAAGACGCACGAUUUGUCAAUAGCAGCAACAGGUGAGUCCUAGUUUUUUCUUGUAUUGUCUUCAAUCAGAUCUUUAUCUUCAAUAAAAUCCAUAUUCACCCUCUUUCCUUCCAAGAGGAGAGCGCCUUCUGGUUGCCUCUGUAUGGCAACAUGUGCUGCCGCUUCAUGGCUCAGCCUCUGUGCAUGAUCCAGCCGGUCAUGAGGGGAAAACUCAAGCUCAAGGUGGCUGGAUUUUCAAAUUACCUGUCCUUGUGAUUUUCCUGAACACCGCAUCACAUUAUCAUUCACUGAAUCACUUUUCUCUCCGCUCUCGUUCAGCUUGAAGAGGACCUUAAUUGCUGGGAAAAUGUCUUCUGCGUCCUCAGGGGCCACAGUCUUCUCUGCUAUCAGAGUGAAGAGGACCUGGAGUCUGAGGACGAGCCGUUACUUGUAAUCCCCGUCAAAAAGGUUGGUGAUAAUGAAUUAAAGUCUCAUGAAUAAAUAGAUGGAUUCAUUUGGGGGUUUUGUCCGUGUUGAUUACAAUAACAAGCCGAGGCCACCAGAGUGCACCGGUGAAUUAAUGCAAAAGUUCUUCUGAGGGUAAACCUGAUGUAACGCCGAGCCUGUCAAGAAAGAUGUUUGAUACACUUUCAUCAAAAUUAAUUCAUACCAAAACUUGUGCUAUCUAAUACGUUUAAGAUGUGGCUUUUUAAACACUUAAAUGGUGCAGAGUCCCUGAAGUGACGUGAGGUAAAAGUUUUAUCUUCGGUUCAUAAGUCAUUAACCUGUGACCAGAGGAGUUAGGGGUGGGGACAAAAAAAAAUGAGAGGAGGAACUUUUUUUCUUUUUGCACUUUUAGAAAAGCUUAAAAUGUUGAGAAAAAGGUUGAAAUUUUGAGAAUGAAGACAUAUUUAUUAUUAAGGGGUACUAAUAAAAAUUUUAAAUAAAUAAAGUUGAAAUUUAUUAAGAAAAAGUUCAAAUUCAACUUUUUGAAGUGGUCAAAAAAUGAAAGAAAGAUGUCAAAAUGUCAAGAAAAAAGUAACAUUUUUAGGAACAAAGUCAAUUUCAGUGUUAGUGAACAGAAAAUAAAAGUUCAAAAGUUAAGAGAAAAAUGAUUACAUUUAAAGAAAAAAAUGCCAUCUGUUAAGAGAAAGUGGAAAUAAUUCAAAAGUUUGAUUCAAAAUUAAAGAAUUAAGUCAACAUCAAUUGGCAAGAAAGAUGAUAAAAAGCCUUUUUCUGAUUAAUCUAAAUGUUAAAAAGUCACAAUUUUUAAAAAAAAGUUAAGAAUUUUGAAAAAGAGUUGAAAUUCCAAAAACAAAAUAGACAUUUUGGAGAUAAAUUUUUGAAUUAUUUUGGAAUGAAAGUGACAUAGUGUGUUGAAAAUUUCAACUUUUUAACUCUUUCUUGAAGUCUUUCAUAACUAUAAACCAAAUUCAGCUCAUAUUUUUAUUUUUUGUUCAUCCCUAGGUAACGUACUAGCUUACAUAAUAAUACAUUGCAAUCUAAAUUCACACAAUCAAAAAGCAAGCUGCCAUCAAAUCACUGCAUUCAAUAUCAACAAUGGAUGUUAACGGCAAGAGGAAUAAUUACUACUGUAGACCAUUAGUGAUACCUGAAUGAAUGUGACUGGAGAGAAGAUUGACUAAAUGCUGUUAACAUCACAUGACACCAUCAGCCAAUACAUGUUUGGAAUAGAGCUUUCUGAUUGGCUUUGGGGGCACACAUUUUCAUAACAAUGCCCUACAGGCCACACUGGUUUUGUAGUUCCUAUGAUGUAACUCUGUGUAAAAGUUGAAAAAUAAAAUAUUUGCAGCUGAGAGUCAUUCCUAUUGUUUUUAUUGGCUGCAGAUUCACUCUGAGUUUUUGUCAAAUUGCCUUUGAACUGCUCAGUCAUUUUGUCAAUCAAUAUGACAGCUGUCAAGAAGACAGCCAACUAAAGCAUUGUUGUUUACUGCGAUAUGUUAUUAUUGGGGAAGGUUCUCAGCAGACUCCCUGCAGGUACUUUGUCAUCUAUAUUCAAGCAAAACCUGAUUUUUAGUGAAAUGUGAUAAUCACGAGUGUGUGUGAACGUGUGUGUUUUUCUGUUCAGGAUACGCUCGUGUGUUUAUCGGAGACAGAUCCAGGCCAGUGCCAGAGUAUUUUCAUCAGUACAGAACAUGACGGGGAGGAUGUCACCUACACACUGAUUACACACUCACCUGCAGACACACGGCGCUGGACUGAGGCCCUCUGGAGACACGUCUUCAACAUGAGUAAGGCCUCAGAAAACCCUAUAUUCAUACCUUAACCAUACAAGCCAAAAUCUCCCUGUCUUAAAUAUCUUAUAAAUGCAACCGUAAGGCUUUAUUUAAGCAACAAAACAUUCUUAUCCCUCUGAUUUUGGACAGCCAAAUGCCACAAAUAGUAAAGCAACAAAGAAAGAAAGAAUCCUCCCCCCUUACACCAGUUUCAUGCUUUACAAAUAACAACAUAAAACUUGUCAGUCUUGCUUAGAAUGGUUUUGUUUGCUUUUGUAGAUCAUAAAAAGGCGUCAAUCUGAAUUUCAGUCAAUUUCAUGCAGGUAAAAAAAACUCCUUAUAGUAGCUUUAAAAGUCUUUAUGCAGCAUGCGUUAAGUCACCCUUCCCUUUGGUAAGAACAAAGAAAUUAUAACCACUUAUAAUAACGCACUAAAUGAAGUGUUUAUAAGUUAUAACUGGAUGGAGUUGUGGGAGUUAUGUGUUACGAAACUCUGAAUUCAAAAGACGCAAUUGUUGGCUUUGUGUUAAAGGAACAAUGAACUAUAAAUUGUGGUCUCAUAAGGCAUUUCCUUUGCUACUUAUUCACGUCAUAGACAUAAUUACUUUUAAGGGUGUUCUAGGGCUUUAUUAAUGCGCUUAUGGUGUAUAUAAGUGUAGGGUGUUCAUAGCUGCUACCUUUGAAUUAGAGGACUGGGUUCAUCUCUCACUGUUGCCUCACUGCUUCUUUCCUGUUUCUCUAAAAGCCCCCUUAAAUGUUCUUAAAAACAGUCAGUAUGACAAAAUACUUGCUGCAAGCUGCCGUACCCACAGUUACACUGUAAUACUGUUAAAUAUAAACUUCAACUUGACAGCUUGGCAGACGCCAGCAGAGCUGUCAUUCCUGUUCUUCAAUAUUCAACCGUUUCUGAACGUCAUAAUUGGACCUUAUUUGACUUACGGCUUCAUUGUAAAGCACAUUCUGCGUUAACUACAGCAACGAGCGUCUACACCUGCAAAUGGUUGGAGGGGAUGUUUAUCAAAGGGACACAAGAUAUACCUGUUGAUACCCGACGAACCGCAUUCUUUCAUGACACAUUUCUGGCAUCGGGGAAAUGUGAAUGUAUUGAGCGUCGCUAAGAAAAUAUUUGUUUCCUGGCCGCCUGACAUCAUGAGGGUUAUGAAAAUAAUGGCAGGAAAGAAAAAAAGGCUUGUGCUUGGCUGAGAUCAUGAGAACAUGGUUUAGGCUUCUUAAUGUGUGGGUAGAGGAAGCAACACCUUUUUUAUUUGCAUAUUGAAGAAGAGAGUUAUGACACAUGUUUGCGAUGAUUAAGGUUAGGCUAUUUUAGUAUGGAGGCGUUGUGUGCAGGAAUAAUUGUGUUCUUAAGUGCAUAAAAAAGCUAUAGAAAUUUAGUAAUGUGUUAAAAUGCAAUGGAAUAAAAACAGCAGGAAUAAAUUUAACAAUUUAAGAAUGGGUUUAAAAAGGAGAAGGUAUGCACGGAUGAUAAUUACUAAAACAAAGUUAAUAGUUACAGAAAGAAAUGGACACAAAAACAUGAAUUUAGCAGCUGCACAAUUGGACUUAGACAUUCAACUAUGUCUUUAUUUUUGUUUUUUGCAGCUUCCUUUCUCUGUUUCAUGAAGAUACUUUAAGCUUCAAUUACAGUGACACCUGAUACAAAAAACCCAUGUUCAGUCAGAAUUGAACAAUUCUCAUGACACAAAAGAAACCAACUAUCAUACCGGAGUAUCAUACGUUCAUUGAGUUCGUGUUAAAAAGUUACUGUGUCAUUGUUACGACUAUUUCCAGAGUGGGUCAAAGGCUGAUUGUAAGGUGAGAGUAUCCUGCCCUGAAGCGCUGUCAUUAUAUAGUACAAUCUAGGUUGUGUUUGAUUUGCAUAUAGAAGAGUAUGUUUAUCAUGGAAACGCCAGCAGAGUCACCGCAGUGGCAUCCAAAGAAAAACAGACCGGGGUGAAUAGCAGCAUCAGCGCCCAGCUUGUAUGUACUGGUAGUCAAAAAGCAGAGAAAGCGAAUCGAGGGUGUACUGCAGUGUCAUGACUGAAUGCUGUUUUGCGGCAUUUUCUACAUCAAACAGUGAAAGAAAACAAACAAAUAAUGGUUGCUUAUUUUUCCCCAAAGGGCAAAGGAUGGUAGAAAAAUGUGCUGAGGAUUUGAGGGGACAAAUGUGAGCUUUUCCAUUAGCACCUGCACAGCUCUACUCAAUUUUUAGGUUUUUCCAUGGGAGGUACCAAGUACUUUUAGAACCUACUCAGCCAGGGUCACAAGCAAGCUGAGUCAAGCCAAAACAGUGGCGUCAACAGCCUACAGGCCACGAUUUGGCCACGGAUUGAUGUCAUAGGAUGAGUCAUGAGAGGGCCUCCUUCUCAAGAAUCAAUACCACCGAUUUUUAAAACCCAGCAAAAAGCCAUAGACUGAACAGCAGGUAUACCAUCGCCUUGAUGUCCUCUAUUACUGUAUUGUGUUGUGUUUGUGUUUUGUUUGUGUUGUGUUUGUGUUGCGUACAAAUGCCGUCAAAUGCCAUCGCCUUGAUGUCCUCUAUUACUAUAUUGUGUUGUGUUUGUGUUUUGUUUGUGUUGUGUUUGUGUUGCGUACAAAUGCCGUCAAAUGCCUCGCUAUGACAGCUCCACCCAUAUUGAAUGGUGCUCAACUGUAAUGGAAAAUGACCGAGUAGAGUCCAGCAGAUUUGGCAAGUUUGGCUUCCAGUAACUUGUAAUGGUUUUCUACAUGUAACUGAUUAUUACAUUAUUGUACUAUAUAUCACAGUGCAGCACGAUGCAACAGCCAAGGCAGGAUAAGAUAAGACAGGAUGGAAUAUGUCAUGAUAUGAUACAACACCAUAUAAGGUGAUCUGAUAAGACAUGCAUGUCACAAUAUGACACAGUAUUAAAAGAUAUGAUAUAUCAGUACAUUGAAAUACAAUUUUUACACAAUGAGAUACAACAUUGUGCAUUACAACAUUAAACUUCACAAUACAAUGAGAAUGAUGGCAGACAAUAGGGUAGGACAGGACACGUCAUGAUAUGACAUCGUAUGAUACAAUAUGAUAAAAACAAUAUGAUACUACACCUUUUGAUACAUUAUGGUAUUUAACAUAAGAGUAUCUUAUGAUACAAUAGUCUAAGAAAGGAUGGGAUAGGGUGGCUGGGUGAUAUGUCACGAUAUCAUACAACAUGACAUGGUAUGAUACAACAGGACACAAUAUGCAAUAUGAUACAAUGCGAUACAAUAUGAUAUGAUAUGAUAGGAGAUGAUAUGAUACACUGCAGUAUGAUAUUAUACAUUACAAUGAAACACAAUACAACAGCCAACAGGGUAUAUGUCAUGAUAUGGCAUAAUAUGAUACAAUGGGAUACAAACAAUGUGAUACGACCCUAUAUUAUACAUUAUGGUUUAUGUUAUGAUACAACAGCCUUGGACAGGAUGGGAUCUGUCAUGAUAUGAUACAAUACCUUACAAUACAAUGCAAAACAAUUUGACAUGAUAAUGCAAUAUGAUACGACGCAGUAAAAUACAGUCUGCAGCAGAAACACAAACUGACAUGUUACCAUUAUUUGAGCUAACAAAUUAGCUCUGUUUGUGCUCUUUGUCAGCCUUGGAGCUAAAAAACUGACUCCUUAGCUUCUGAAAGGUCAUCCAUGUUCACCUGUUUGUCACGAACUUUGUGUCAUGAUUAGCUUUAAGAUGACGCUAACAGGAGUGGUGAAUAAUCCAGGACAGCAAAGGCUGAAGUAUUUCAAAGAUUCAAAAUGAACCUGAAGAUACUGGUUUCUUCUGUCUGGAGAGAAAUGUAAAGUUAUCUGUGGUCCGUCCUUGUAAGUGGGAUUUCCACAGAGGUCAAAAACAGCAUAGUGAUAUAGCGAUUAAGGAAUAAAUGAGGCAGUGUUAAAGUCACACUUCACUGGAAUAUUUUGUCCCGAACCAAAGUGCCAUUAUCAUAGUUUUUAAAUGACCACAAUUACCAUCAGUUUGAUUAUAGAUAAUAAUAUAUCACACAGAGUUAUCCACCUUCUUAUAUCACGUCAAUGGCCCAAUAAAAAUUCUACAAAGGGGAGGCGCAGCUUUAACACUGAGAGGAACGAUUUCCUCCUGAAGGUGAAGGACAUAUCCAGCAAGAAAACUGAGAUCGUAACAGUAUUAUUAGAGGGGUACUUCUCAUUUUUCCUUAUUAUUCAAAAAGACAGGAGGAGUUUUCUUUUCAGAGCAAGAAUAACAUAAAGUCUCAUAUAUUUCUGCUUUAAGACAGACUGCUACCUGAAUGUCACAAGGCCUUAUGAAAUCAUGCCGUUACAUUAUCUAAUGUGAAUUUAAAGCUCCUGUGAGGAUGUUUUAGUUAGUGAUCAAAAAAUUGAAAUAAUGUUGCAGGAAUGAUAACUUUUAAAGGGAUAUUCCAGUGUAAAAUUAGGUUAGGGUCAACACACCGUAACACCAAGUUAGACACCCCCCCCCGAGAGAUGAAUGUUGCUGUCUGCUUGCUUCUCUAGUUGUACCAACUUUAGUAACGACCACACGAUAGCAAUACAAAGCAGUCUCAAGAGCCAUAAACAUACCUCAACCAAAACACCACUCUAUAGCCACAAAUAAUGCUCAGAACAGCAGCUAACUUCAUCAACAGUACAUAUAGGGUCCCAGCCAUAGUACUCGCCACCAAACAUCUUUUUAACUUUACCGUUUUUUUUUAGCCAAGAGACUGAACACAACUCACCUACUCUCUUCCAGCAGCCGCUCGGGCCAGUCCAUUACAGACUGCUGUGGGGUGACUCAGCUCAAGGAAGAACAUUUAUGAUCAUUACUUUAUCAUUUCCAUGAAGUAAUAAUAAUCAUAUUAAUCAUUUUGCAUUGCAGAUACGGUAGUUCUUCUGCCUUAGUGUCUUAGUCUGAUUGCAUUUCCAUGACGAAAUGAUCAUAAAUGUUCUUCCUUGAGCUGCGAAACUCUGCUGCAGUCCUUAAUGGAGUUCUCGCUACAAACAAGCGGCUGCUGGAAGAGAGUAGGUGAGUUGUGUUUAGUCUCUUAGCUGAGGAAAUUAGGCAAAGUUAAAAAGAUGUUUGGUGGCUAGUGCUGUGGCUGGGACCCUAUAUGUACUGUUGAUGAAGUUAGGUGCUGUUCUGAGCAUUAUUUGUGGCUAUAGAGUGGCGUUUUGGUUGAGGUAUGUUUAUGGCUCCUGAGACCACUGUGUAUUGCUAUUGUGCGGCCGUUACUAAAGUUGGUGUAACUACAGAAGCAAGCGGUCGGCAAAAUUCAUCUCUCAAGGGGGUGUCUAACUCAGUGUUACAGUGUGUUUGACCCUAACUUAAUUUUACGCCGGAAUAUCCCUUUAAUAUGUAAAUACAGUUUGUAAACUUUGGCCUGCACCUUUAAAUGCAGAGUUGCUAAUAAGAAAGACAUGCUCAUUAAUAAAAAGCCCGUCAGUUGUAGAUUUGUUGUUAGGGUUUGUAUUAAUCAUGUGUGUCUUGUGUAUUCCUAAGAGUGCAUGGGGCUCAAGUACAAAUCAACACACUGCAUGCGUUUAGUCACGUAAUGAUGAGUGUUACAAGAACUUCGCUUUGCCUGUAUUUAAGUCUAACCCUACAUUGCAAAUGUAAUUUUCUUGGGCCAAUACGUGCCAAUGAGGCUGAAGAGGUUAUUGAGUUUAGCUGCUCCCAACCUCUUUAUCAUAAGUCAACACAAAAGCAAGGAGACAAGUUAAUGACAGGUGUAAUAAAAAAAAACUGCACCGGCUUAAUUUGCAUAAGUGUUGUCUGGCAACCAAAUGUGAUCAAGGAGGCCCAAAAGAUCUGCACAUACCAGAAGAAACAAUAGAUAAUGAGUAAUCAGUAGAAUCUUGUUUUAUAAGAGCUUAAAAGAGGAAAUACCUCUUGUUUCGAGUGUGCGUUUGAGAGGUUAGCUUGUUAAAAUGUAAAUGCUUUCAUUUUGAUAUAAAACAGAUUUUAUGUCUUGUAGGAGCGCGCUCUGAACCCUCAUUCAAAGGGGGAAAAAAAGGGAAACAAGAGGUUCAUGCUGCUUUGCAUGUAAUCUUACUUGCAGAAAGUUUGAAUUUCUUACACUGGGUUUUCUAAUUUCUUCAUUUCUCUCAGGUGUCUACCCCAGAGUGUGUUCCCGAGUAUGCUAAUGCGACAUGAAUUAGAUACUCUGCACCUUUGGGCAAUCAUUGUGGCUUCUCUCUGCCUCGGUGCGUUCCUAAGAAAUAAGAUACAGAAUUAAUCUUCCCUAAUAAGAGAGUGUUUGCAGGGAGCAAUUGCAUUUGGUGAAAUCAUUUUAGUUCUAAAACUGGAUUAAGCCCGUGUUUCUAAAAUCUUUUUUAUUUGCUCUCCCUGCACCAGGAGACAACAAGCUCAGGAAUGUGUCUACUAUUGCGGAGAUGCUUGAGUAUGUGGAUGUGGUUACAGCCAUGCCUGUAUGUAAACAAGGGCGGAUUUCUUUGUCUGCAGAACCCUUUUAUUUAGUGAUUUAUUGUUUUAAAGUUAUACAACCUCCAACUCCAACAAAGUUGAGUAAAAAGUGCAUAAAAACAGAGUACAAUGAUUCACAGAUCCUUUUCCAACUAUAUUUGAUUGAAUUCACUACAGAGGCGAAUAUUUCAAUCAAUCAAUCAGUCAGUCUUUAUUUGUGUAACACUUUUCAUACAAAACAAUGUAGCACAAAAGGCUUUACACAGAAGAAUACAAGAAACAAAGAAUACCUGACUCUACUCCACCCCAUCCCCACCCUGCAAUCCAAGCGCAAGAGAAACGAGUUUUAAAAUGCCUUAAGUUGAAAAGAGAUCGAUUUAGUAAAAACAGGAUUGUGCGCACUGAAGAAACACCGUCUUAAAAUUCAAGAUGAGGAAACACUGGAGGUUAGGUUAAAACCUAAAGACAAAGUAACAUCAAAGUAAAUUAAAGAAAUAAACAAAAUGAAAUAAAAAUACAUAUGUAAAAGAUACUAAAAGAAGAGCACCAAAAUAGCUCAAUAAAAGACGAUCCUGACAUUAGAACUAGAAAGGGAUAAAUGCUGAAACACUCCAAUGAAAUUAAUUCCGGAAAAUGUUCUAAAUUGGCAACUGGACUUCUUGGGUUAUCCUGAAGAUGUUUAACCUCUUCUCCAAAAGGCCUCUUCAGUUCUAAGGGGGACUGGGUGUAGAGCUGGAAUAUAUAGACCCAGCCCCCCUUAGAUCUGAAGACGCCUCUUGGAGAAGAGGCAAAGCGUCUUCAAGAUAACCCAAGAAGAAUUCCCGAAAUACCAUGACCUGGAUGAAUGAGAACCUUUGUAGACAUCAAAUGAAAUAAAGUUAAUAAUAUAAACUGUAGUUAAAAGCAAGACUCAAAAGGUAUGUCUUGAAUUUAAUGUCUAAACUGAUAAACUUUAUUGUUUCCUGCAAAUAUUCACUCAAAAAGUUGGGACAGGGUCAACAAAAGUCUGGGAAAAUUGAGGACUGCCUCUAAAACACCUGUUAGGAUUAUUCCACAGGUGAUCAGGUUCAUUGGGUGUAAAAGGAGUGUCCCUGAAAGGCUCAGUCUUUCACCAGCAAGGACGGGGCCAGGUUCACUACUUUGUGAGCAACUGCAUGAGUAAAUAAUUCAACAGUUAAUGAAUGUUUCUAAACUUACAAUUGAGGUUUUGUAAAACCACGCCCCCAAACUAACACUGUCCAUUCACACAGCCUAGCAACCGUUACUACGUAAGAGUUUGGCUAGGGGAGUCAUUUUCUUUUCCUUUCCAAAGCCGAAAACACAGAAGGAGCAUUGCCUACAGUGGAUAAAACAGGAAUUUAGUGAGUUCAGAGACCCAAGACCCCCUUCAACCCCUCAUUAGAGAUCCACAACACUCUGUAAAGGAUAUAACCAUGUGGGCUCAGGAACACUUUAGAAAACCCUCAUCAGUCAACAAAGUUUGUCUCUACAUCUACAAGUGCGAGUUCAAAACUCUACCAUGCAAAGCCAAAGUCAGAUAUCAACAACGGCCAAAAAUGCCGCCAAGUUCAUCCGAGAUGGACUAAUGCGAAGUGGGAAAGUGUGCUUCGGUUGGGUGGGUCCACAUGCUGCCAUCCAAGACAGAUCCUUCCCAGGGACGUCCUGCUUAUUUUAGCUGAGACACACUCUGCACGUGUUCCAACAGCUCGCCUGGCCUGCUAUCAGUUUGAACAUUAAUCAUCUUGUCUUUGUUGUGAAUUUAAUUGAAUAUUGGUGUAAAAGGAUUUGCAAUUCAUUGUAUUCUGCUUUUAUUCACACAACAUCCAAACUUCAUUGUAAUUUGAAUUAGCGAUGAAACUGCGCUCGAGGAAUACGUGUCAGUGAUCUUCAGAUAAACACAAACGUUAACAUUUAUGCAAAUUUCUUUUUACCAGGUAACCCAUAUUAUAAAACGUUUUCCCUUUACACACCUGUCUGUGUGAAGGUGUGCCAAAAUCCUUUUCUGUAAAUGACAGAGACGCUCCCUAUCACGUUGCUCUUUCCUUUAAAGUUAUUUUUAAUGACCCAGUUUUUUCAGAGGAUGUUUUCUCUUUGCAGCACACACAUUUUUCAUUUCCUUUAGUCAUACAUAGAACAUACUGUACAUAAUUGUAGAUGCAUACCAUACAAUUGUAGUCCUGAGUACACGUGAAGUGACACAUGAUAAGGUCCCGCGCAUCAUCCUUGUCUGUCUGGUAUACGUGGACUGAUGCUGAUGGUAUAUUAAUCACUUCAGAGCUAUAACACCCACAUGCUUAAAUAAUAACUCCCCCGCUCUGUGUUGCAGGCCAGUGGAAGCAGUGCUGCGAUCACCUCAUGAAGAUUGAGACGCCCAGAUCGAGGAAAGCCAUUACAGUGAGGCAGGGAUCGCUAUACCAUGAAAUAGGUAGGCAGAGUUCACUCGAGACCUUAUCGAGACCUGCUGGUUCACUUCCACUCACCUACUCUACAUCACUGCUCAUCAUUCUGCAAGAAAUGGUUCUGUUUUCAUCCUGAAUAUACUUCAUUUUCUGCCAGUUCACAUCUGUUUAUGUUUUUCAUUUCUCUCUGUAAGCAUUAAAAUUGACCAGCAGACUCUCCGAUCUUUCUGCAUUUGUGUGAUACAUAACAGGGGACAGCGAGUCUGUUUUUAUUAACGUCAAACCUGCGUUUGACAGAAUGUAAUACACAGACCAGACUUUCCAGCUCCAACUGCACUUAGGCUGCAAAACUGACAAAUUUAAGCUAUAAUGGUUUAUUUACUCAACCACAAAGGAGGCACAAAAAUGAGCUUCUAAACCUGAUGUAUUGUCAAGAUUAAAUUCGCUGUUUAAUUCAGUGUACCGUACUCUUUGUGAAAGUUACAAAGCCCCAACAUCAAGAUGAGAUAAGACUGAGUCCCAUCCUGAAAAACCAGAUCCACUCUGAUCCAUGCUUUUCACACAUGAGUAAUUUAUGCUGCGUUCCAGUGACCUCAAAAGUCAGAUGUCAGAGCUGGGAAUGGCGUUACACCCAAGUAGAUGGCAUUCCAGUAAACAAGUCAGAAAACCAAGAUGGACGCCUACAGUUAGCCAUUGUUAGCUGUUGUUUACAAUUGUCAGCUGUUGUUAGUCAUUGUCAGCUGUUGUUAGUUGUUGUUAGUGAUGCCAGUUGUAAACAACGCAUAACACAGUAUUUUACUCUUACAAACGCCGUGGCACUGUGUUCACAGUUAGACGUUGGUCAGUACAACACACACAACUUAUUUAAUUUCACAAAAACAGAACAGAAGUGCUAAUAAAUAAUACAUUGCGAGAGCUUUCACUGUUACUCUUUACUGUUGAUGUACUGUGCUGCCAUCUGGGAUUAUGACAAUGUCGUCAAGUCGGGGUUGGUGAAACAGCAACCCCAGUGGGGCAUUCCAGAUGAAUUUCCGACUCGGAGCUCGUAAAUCCCGACUCCCAAGUACAACUUGGACGCAGCAUUUGUAAGUUAGAGCAGAGAGGAAAAACUUCCUUUAACAGGCAGAAACCUCGAGCAGGACCAAACUCAUCUGCCGAGACUGAGCUGGGAUAAGAGAGCGUCUAAAUGAAAAAUUGAAACAGAAAUAAAAAGUUCUACCAUUCAAAUUUGCUUUGUAAUUGUGAUAAAAAAGAAGAGACUGAUGCAUAUCAUUGAGGCAGCUUGAAAGAAGGCAGGUCUUUAGCAGCAGAAUGUCUGCAGAGGAACCUACAAGAUGAGGGAGAAAAGACUGUAUUUGUGAUUUUAAUGUGGCAUGGAAUUCACUCUAAAACAGUCAGUCUUCUAACGGCUACAGCUCUCUGUCUGCUGUGUGGGGAAACACAACCGUAUUCACAACAGCCUCAAAUUUCAGACAAUACCUGCCUAUUUUCACUUUCAAUCCAUUAAACACUUUUACAGUCUAUUAACAGUUUUAAUUCCAAAACCAGCCUCCUUUAAUCUCCAUUUGAGAUCCGGCUCUUUUAUGCACUUCCUGGUUGGCUUCAUUUUUUACCCCUGCACACAACAGAUGCAAGAUCGAAAGCAGAAUUGAACUCAAACUGCAAACACAUUACUUGAUUGUUCAAAUGGUCACGCUCUAAUUUCACUUAAACAUCUGAUCUUCCAUGCCAGGAAUUCCCACAAUAUAAUGAAAGGUCAAAUGUAAGGCCUCAUUGGCAGGUUUUGUAUCUGUCUGUAAAAAAGCCACGGUGACACUGACCUGAAAGUAGUCCGACGGGUUUGUGUAAAUAGAAAGAUGAUAAAAAGAAAAAUAAUGCGGCCCAACAAUGGCACGGGGCGACAAGCCAGACUGUUGACGUGAAUAGGCGCAUUGUCUCCCAACACCUGCUGACAAACACAUCAGUCAUGCUGAUCUAAAAGUGUACAGAUAUGCUCCACGGAGGCCACCGGUGGGAUCAAACAUGUUCAGGUCUAAAAUGUGGGUGUGACACCUGAAUCACAUUAUGUUGGUUUUCAAAGAACAUUCCGGUCGUAAAAACAGACCUCAGGAGGAAGAGAGCACAGAAUAAUAAUACCAACAAGGAAAUGGGAACGUUUUUAUGAAAACCCCACCAUCAGUCACGAAUCCACUCAGGGGAAAAGCUCCUCCGUCAGAAGAUAAUAUCUGAGAUAUUUCACUAUCUUUAAAGCAACUCCUCUUCCUGUUUCUCCUUUUUUAGUCACCCCCUCCUCUCCCGGAGAUGGUUGUGCGGUUCCAGAUCUAUCAGCGGAGAUCCGCACUUUGCUCUAUUCCUACUACAAGGAAAGGUAGGCUUCCUCCAACUCGACUGUUCAAUUUUCUUUUACCUCUGCAUUGAUCUAUUUCUGCAAAUCCAAAGACUGAGACUUUGAGGAGAAACUCUCAUUCAUGUUGCUGCCAUGACACAGACAAGAAAAUAAAAGAUGACACAUCAGGAAUAAAGAGCAAUUAAAAAAAAUACAUACUGUAAUUGGAAAUAAUGUGAAGUUUGAUGACAACAAGUUAAAAAAUAAAUGGAAAGUAAGAGUGAUUUAAUGAUUAAAGCUAAAGCAAAUAACUGAGCAUAAAGUAUUUCACUCAUUCUCUUCGAAAGAGCCUGUGGCCUAGUUUGUAUGAAAGGGAUUAUUGGUGUCAAUAUGAUAUUAUAAUAUAGUAUAAUAGUAUUAUAUUCAUGAGUAUAUUUAAAUAAAGGUAUAAUCAUUUAAAGCUCCUGUGAGGAACUUUUGGUUUGAGAACAUUUGGCACCCCCUGUGGACAAAGUAGUCUUUGCCCAUUUUGUUAUCUGCAUAAUUGAAACGUUUCUUCAUCCUGCUGACUUUUUAGGGUCAGGUGUGUUGUAUAUUGUGAAUAACUUACAUGGUAAAUGUAUAAACAGGAUAGUCUCCUCAGCUACUACGCUGACACCUACCCCCUCAUCAUCGAAAAUUACAGAAUAGAGAUGGAAAUCUUUAUACUGUAAAGUCCCUGAUGGUCUUGUUUGCUUUUACAUACAAUAAAAAGGCAUCAGUCUGAAUUCAGUCAGUUUCAUUACUGUCAAAAAUCUUCUCACAGGAGCUUUAAGUAUUAGAAAGUUUGGUUCGUAAGAAGCGGGUCCCCCUGCAUAGAGGAGGACCCGCUAUCCUUCACGUCCAUGUUUCUACGGUAGCACAGAGCAGACAAACUUGUGGCCUUUGCAUUUUUUUUUUCUAAUUGUAGAGUGGCCAUUAGAAAUGUAAGACAUUGUAACAUCUGAGAUAACCCUGAUUUACACACCUGAGUUGUGGAGGCUAGACCAGGCGUAAGGAGAAGGCCUACAGAAGUGGGGAUAAUGAUGUUUUUCACAACCACUCUUCACUUUACUGCACUCUUCAUCAAACUACUAUCUUAUGUAUACAGUAUAAACAUAGAUUUUGCUGAAAAAUUACUGUAACAGUGUGGUAAAUUAUGUAAACAGGCGAAAUUUGAAAAUUUGAAGUGGUUUACAUUUGAUUGGCUGAACAGCAUGGAGGGUAUUUUCAGUGAGACUGGUGACAUUCGUCUUAUUUCUUAAGGUUGAGUCAUCUGGAAACUCCCUAAAAAACUAGAGCCAAACGAGGACAGCAGCAUAAAUGCAAAUCGUUUUCCAGAAGUUCACCUCGUCUAACUUUACCGCAAAUGAGAAGGAACAAGAAUAAAUAGGGUGGCUUGUUGUGAUAGCGCUUUAUGUAUCAAUUGCUCAGUGCUCUGCUAAUACUCACAGUAGAAGACAAAAUACACUUGUUGUGACAGUGCGACAUGACCUGCUUUGUUACUGGAAGCAGUACAGCAUGGUACUGACUCUAAGGUAUGAAAAUUAGCACCAGCUUCUGAACACAAUGAACAAAAAUGUGUCUGGAUUUGACCUCUCUGCAAUAACAAUGAGCACUGUGUAAAGGAACAAACUUAAGCAUACUUCAGAUAAACAUGUUUACUUUUACAACGCAUUUCUGACAGCGAUAGGCUAAAUGUCAACAAAGGCAAAGGAUAUGCAGAAAGUGAAGUCCUGUUGAGAUUUAAGACCCGAUAAAUCUUUAAGUGUUGUGACGUGAACAUACAGUUAGAGUAGCACAUUAGCUGUCGCAGUAAAGCAACAACGCGAGUAUGACUGAAAAUUUUAAUUGUGUUAAAUCAGCAUUUAAAUCAUCAACAUUGACAACCACAAAAGAUACAAAAUUAGGCUGAGUUUCACAGCUUUAGCAGUUGCAAUAAUAUGCAUGAACCCGUAAGAGAAAGCUGCUCAAAAACUAGCAGUAAGAUUUAGAUUAGAAUUGCGGUAAAAAAAACACUAUUAGGCUGUAUUGGGACAGAGGAAAAAGUGCCUAGAAAGUGAAUCUCGUGCCACUUCAGUGGGGCAACAUAAACUGUGAUUCAUAAAAUAGCUCUACUGAUAGUAAGUAUAAAAAAAAUAUCUACUCAUGCCAUCCUGUCGAUUUUUAGUAAUCAGUGUCUCGGUGUCGAACUAUUUCCUUUCUGCGGCGUAGUGAUACUUGCACACGCGCAAUCGAAUAUGCAGAGGAGUGAAGCGAUUUUUGUCACGUGAACCAAUAGGAGCCGAGUCUCGUUGCCGUAGUAUCAGAAAUACACAAACAUGGCGGCGGAUGCAUCUAGCAGCGAGACAAGCGAAGAGGAAGAAAAGAAAAGGAAAAAUAGAAAAAAAAACAGCCUUCAAAAGUGCAUAAAAAAUGAAUGAAACAAUGCUAUAUGCAUCUAUCAUCUGUCCGGAGUGAAGAUGUUCUCGACUAUACAAGGACACGUUGGGAAACUUACAGAACUAGUAUUAAAAAGUGGCUUUCUCUACAGGAUGAGACAAAGGACCUUGCAGAAACUUAUAAACAUUGCGUUGAUAUUGACUUUGACAAUGUUCCUGACUACGCUGGGUUUCACAUGACAUGCUACCAGCGAUUUAUUUGCAAAAGGCGUUUGAGAAACAAUAUCUUGUUGAUUCUGGCAAGAAAAAAUCUUUCUCAAAUGUCAUAAAUCCAUCUACCUAACACCUGAAACAGUUAUUGGUGCCUUAGUAUACGCAUAAGUGAAUUCAGAUUAGGAAAUGUAGCAAAUUUCUUGAAGAAAACGUCUCAACUCAAGUGAUUUGUACCCAGCACAAUGAAAUAUAUACAGUAAAUUUAGCUAAAAGCUUUUGUUUCAUACAUAAAAAUGACACAACUUACUGUGUAAUAAAAGCAAUAAAAUAUAAACAGCACAUCAUGGCCAUAAAUGGCUGAAAGUCAAUCAAAUUGCUACCACACCCCCCAAAAUUGGAAUAAUGGAAAAAAUGUAACAAGACAAAAAUAAAUACAGUGUCAAAACAUCUGACAUUUAUCAAUCCCUUCAGAAUAUGAAAAUAAAGAUCAAAACAAACGCAGACAAAUGUAGAACAGAUAUAAAAAUAAUAAAAAAUCUCAAAUCUGGGUGUAGCAAUCCUUUAAACAAAACAAAUUGUACAUGGUGACAUGGUGCGUAUAUUACGGAUCACUAUCACUUUCAUCAGAGUCAUCAUCCCAUACAGCUCUUUCUUCUGUUUCCUCUGAAGCAUUCUCACAUGCUUGGCACCGACAUAAAUCUGUACAAGAUAGUCUUGAAAUUUGGAACUUUUACGUUGACUGAACAGCUGGCUUAGAUAAAGCAGCCCCGCCUUUGUAUGAUAACACUACCUGCAUGCAGUGAUUCAGCAAAUUGUAGUAAUAUUUUUAAAUGUGUGGCCUACUUAGACACACUUCGAACCCAGUUACUAUCUUAUAUGUUUGGAUUCCAUCAUUCUAAGCUAACUCAGGAGAAAUUAAAAUGGGUUUUCCUUUCAGUUCCUAACAAGUUUAGCUGAAUAAUCGAAUAAAGCCAUCUCUUUCUUGAAGAUAUAAUGCCACCCGACCAUUAAAAUGAUUGAUUCUGGGGUCGGUUCAGAGAAACUGGCUGUGCCUGAAAUCUCCCACAGUCGCAGAUAAAGAAAAAUGAAAUGAUCUAUGUGUAAUAGAAUGAUGAAAACGGCUGUUUAAGCUCCUGUGAGGAACUUUUGGCUUAUCUGUCAUUGCUCUUUAAGGUGUAAUCCACCGCUUGUACAUUUCUUUGCAUACUGCAUAAGGAUUCACUGUGUAAGGUAUGACAGGUAUAAAAAUGUUCACUUUAUACAUAGUGUAACCAUACGUCCUCUUUUACCCAGACAUGUCCUCUUUUUUGGGGGCUGUCCGGCCUUGUCUGGCUUUGUCCAGGGAGUUUAUAUAUUCUUUCAAAUGUCCAGGGUUUGUAUAGAAGUUUUGAGUUUGUGUUGCAUGGACUUUCUGAGUUGGAAGUGCAUGAAAAACACUUGAUACGACCCGCAAAGCACUCAAAAUUAACCACACGCAACUCUGUGACUCCGCCCCCGCAUAGUCAUGUCUUCUAUUUGGGGAUUAGGAAUAUGGUCACCCUACUUACACAGCAAUACAAAAUGUCAAAUUUUCUUUAUAGUUCAUAUAGAUAUAGAUAUAUAGAAUAGAAGUGUAUGUUAGCCACUGAUUGAUAAACUCUUCUUUGUGAUUUACUUAGAGAUAUCACAUCAUUAAUACUGCAGGAUUACUGUAGGAGGAUUGUUUUCCUAUUGUGGAGCUUCACAGCUAAUUAAGCAUACAAGCUUUCAAGUGUAAGUUAUUAUUACAAUAUCAGAGUUAAAUUUCUGGUUUGGUAAGCUAAGUAGGGUUAUUAGUCAUGGAAAAAGAAUGAUACAAAACAUCCUACUGUCACAUGGUCCUACUGCGGUCAGUGGUGACGUGACUGAACAGGCGACAUACGAACACCCUCUAAAUGAAACACAUAAUGGUUCCUUACAUUGAACGCUAAGUUUUUUUGACUUCUGAGAAUGACAAAUACUCAAUGUUACAAGUUUAAGUCCACGCACAAUGCAGCAGGAUCAUGAUUUGUGUACCGAGUAAGGCCUUGGUUCAGACAAAAAGGCGACAGGGAACAGGUUCGACCAAAGACUUUGAUAAAUGUGAAACUUGGAGCAGUUUUCACAGUGCUGGCAUUGUGUAACUUUGAAUGCUUUACAUGUGAAUAACUUUGUUUCCAGUAUCCAAGUCAUGAGUCAGACCAUUUUAAGGGUUGUGUGAACAACCAUGUAUGAAGCUAUGAGGAAUGACAUGCCUCACCAUUACAACAAAAUGUUAGUGUGACUGAUUUCCUCACAUCUUUCAUCACAUUUAUUUAAAUCAAAGAAAGAUCUUGGCAUCAUUAUUUAAGUGUGGAGGGUGUAAUUGUCCUUUAGACAAAUAAUAAAGAGCAAGAAUGAUGUUUUCCAGCCCAGAAAGCCACAGAAACCUUUUAAAGGCUCCUGAAGUCCAGUUUGUUUGACUAGUGUGAGUGCUGAGUACCUCACCCUGGCAUGGAAAACCACCUAGGGCCCAGGCAAGUUUAGAGGAGGAUGCCAGGGCGUCUCAUUUGGCACCCAAUCACAGGUUUUUAUACUUUCACCGAAAUGCCACAAGUCAUAUCCUCACUGGUGCAGAGAAAAGGAGGACCAGGAAACUGUAAGCUGAUUUAAAUAGACUAAGAGAAAGAAGAGUAAGUAGCUGAAGUAGUAGAUGAAAACAAGGUCAGCGUUUGAUCAGUCGGAUUUCCUGUUGGUGUGAAGAGCUGUAGCCUACAGUAUAUCUACAGUAUAUAGUAUACUGUAUAUAUCUACAGUACGUACAUAUAUGUAUAUAUAAAUAUAUAUAUAUAUAUAUAUAUAUAUAUAUAUAUAUAGAUAUAUAUCAGUGGCCAUUGCUUUAAGACUGCAAGGGAAACUCAGCUUCCCUUAAAAUGUCACCCCCCCAAAAAAAGAAAAAGUGGUGAAAUACGUACUGCUGUGUGUGUUUAUUUCAUUACCUAAAUACGCGCUAGAAAGCCUUCAUCUUUUGUUCAGAUAAUCACAGGUAACCGGCACAACUUCGUUCUCAUUCAUCCUCGCAGCGCCUCAGCGCUUCACACAGCCAGACGCUCAGCUUCUGCUGACUUCAAUGUGGAAGCUCAGAGUGGGUUGUUCCAGCAGCGAAACUAGACGCUCAUUGGAUAAAUGCUGGGCUUUGUCCCGCCCAUCGGACGCUGAGCUUCUCUGGAGUUCUAUGGCGAGAGGGCGGUCCCAACUUUCUUGCGGACGCUGAGCUUCUGCAUCCAUGAUUGGAUGAGCUGUCUGAGGCGAAAUCCUUUUUUGAUUGACAGCUAAACAAGCGAAUCAGCGAUCUUGAAGAAUAAAACAUCUACCAAAGCAUUUUCCAAGUUAUUCAUUCUGUUGUUCUUAACUGCUCCGGAGACUUAACCGAUCCUCAGCGACUUUUGUCUGUGUUAAAACGACUGCCGUUGUGUUUGGCGACUCUGUUCUGUUACAUAGUAAUAAACAAACACAAUUAUGAUGUAGGCCAGAAAAAUGAGCUUCCCCUCCUUGAAAGACCAGCAGUCGCCACUGAUUUUCCCCCCUAAUAAUCCGUAUCGGCAUCAGCCCCCAAAAAAUCCUUAUCGGUCGGGCCCUAUUAAAAUAGUGACUACCUUACUGGCAGGAGGAGAGAAAGUAAUCAUUAGAGGGAGCAUAAAUGUUAAGUUUAGAGGAAUAAACACCACAAUAAAUUCUAGUAGGACCAGGGAAAACUCAUCAUACUGCGCCAGCUUCAUAGAUGGAGGUAAACAUUGAGAAACCAUUGCUAACCAGUAUGAAAAAAAGUGUAAAAAAAAUGUGAUGAAAGGGUAAAAUGAAAGGAUUAUUGGUUUGAACCUUGGACAGGAGUUCAUCUCUGAUGACAGCUUUUCAUCCACUCAGGCUCUCUUGGUUACCUUUAUAAUAAAAACAUAUAUUUACCAGUUUCAAGUGCAAAUUCCAAGGUAAUAAAUGGUGAAAAGCUGAUUAAAUUCGCCUCUCUUACUCAGCAAUCACCAGUUUCUUUUAGGAAAAAAAUGCUCUCCAUUGCGACUCUCAGCUGACACAACACGUGUCUAAAAACUGCUAUGACUGCGAUAUGAAUAGCAAAUUAUUGAGUUAAAAAAACCAUUUGGUGACUAAUUUAAGGGAUAUUAUAACAUGAUGAGGCUUCCUCCUCUGAGCUGACCUCAAAGCUGCUCAUCAGGUGUCACUGAUGUGUCACAAAGACACACCAGCAUCAACAAAACAUGAUCAGACACACCCACAGAUUAGAUCUCAGUUUGAUUGUAGUUAUUAUUAGUUUUUACACUGAUGCUGAUUGGUGCUCAAUGAGGGUCUGAAAUUAAAUAUUAUGUAUGUAAUUUUAAAAUGUCAGGCCACAUUUGUAGAGGUUUUAAAAUGUGUCUUCAAAUGAUGAUUCCUAACUUGGUUUAUAUCCUACGUGCAUUAAUUUUGUGAAUGUGCAAAACAGAAAAAUGGGUUUCCUCAUACCUGGAGGUGAGUGCAUUCUGCCAGUAAAGCAGUGCACUCUUAUCCAUGCCACAGUGAUUUUGCAUUAAAACAAAACAAGUUAUGUGUGUUUCUGAGAAAGUAAAUCCCCCACAUCCUCAUACCAACAGAUACAGAGAUAGGAAAAAAAAAAAAGGUUGGCAGCCUCACAGCUCAGGCUGCGGUUUUGCUGGAGACCAACCUGACUGGCUUCAACUGUCAGAAAGGAGUGAUCUGAUCCGUGUCUACAGACAGGAAUGUUUGUUGCGGUGUGUUUGUCAUAAAGACGCUGUUUUAUUUGGAUAUAUGUAUUGCAGGUAGCUGUGCAUUGACAUAUGGGUUUACUAAACAGAUAUAGGCAGGAAGUGAUAAAGGAAGUUUUAUUCGAUGCAGCAAAAGUUUUGUUUGUUUGUCUUGUAUUUGCACUAACUUUUCUUUCUUUCUACCUGUUUCUUUUAACAGUUAUUGAUGACGCUGCUGCAUUUUCUCUGGAGGGAUGAGGAAUGGGCCUUAUUCUGUGGGUUUUUUGGUGAACACGCCUGGUUGAGAAGUGGACACGGACAUGAUAAAUGGUGUGAUGUAACAAUCUGCAAAGGAUGAAUUCACGCUUAAAGUUAAUAUCCACCUUUUUUUAUCCAUGCAGACAGAACCAGCAAACUCCCAAUGUGCAGAUUCAGUCCAGAGCAGCAAACAGCUCGGGUGCUGAUUGUUAAGUUGCACACUGUAACAAUGACAUUAACAGGUUUGCAUAUGUAACUUUAAAUGUUUCCAAUCUAGUGUUAAUUUUAGAAUAAUAUUUGCAUUUGUUGUUACAUUAAUUUUGUG